AUGCCUACUUCAGUUAAGUCGACGAAAGAUAGCGAUGCCCCGACCGUGCGAUUCACCAAUACGCAAGAUCUCUUCGAUAUCAUUAAUUCCACUACUGGGGAUUUCCUUACCGUCACAAACGUCUCUCCUAAUCAAUUCACCGAAAUCGAGCGUGAGCGAGACAUUGGGCGAAGGACUGGGCAAAAGAAACGAUACCGAAUGUUCCGUUUACGCCGCUACAAUGCCAAUUUCCGGAUCUUGAUCAUCACAAUCCCAACCGAUGUACACGAGGUCCUUCAUCUAGAGCUUUAUGAUCAGUAUCGUGAGCAGCUCGCCCAGAAUGGUAGGGGGAGAAGUUGGAGAUCAAUUGGGUCGGCUACACGUCGAGCAGAAGAAGGUCAUCCUGACGGAGACGGCGGAGAGGGUGACUCUACCGGUGGUCCAAAGCCCGAACGUGGUAAUAAAGGUGCCUGGCCAACACUUGUCAUCGAGUCGGGACACUCCGAGUCAUUGGGCGAAUCGCAUAACGAUAUGAAGUGGUGGUUUUCUACGUCAGACCACCAGGUCAAGAUUGUUCUUCUUGCUAAAUUUGACGAUACUCGCUCCAUCAUCAUUUUGGAAAAGCGGGAGGAAGAAGCAAAAACUUGUCUGGGAGCUACUACGACACGACGUUUUGCUGCUAUUCAGCCUACACUCCGGCAAAGUAUCACCAUCGCUCAAAAUGCUACUACCGACCCAGUUUCGUACAAUGUCACUAGAGGUGCAUUGAAACUAUCGUUCAGGCUUCUCUUCCUUCGGAAUCCGGGCCCUGAGGAGGCAGACUUUCUAUUUACACCUCCUCCGGGGUAA